UUCAAUUUUCGCCGAAUAUUUACCAUCAAAAAUCGUAGCACAGCGCAGCAAACGGCAAUUGAGGUACAACAAAGAUGUCGUUGAACUUUAUUUGAUGCGAUUUUGGGCAGAAGGACUCAUGACUGAGCAAGAAUUCGAUAUUGCUGCUGAACGUUUACUGUCUAAGGUGGCCGUGUAUCCAAAAAAUUGGCAAGUAAACACAGUGAGUGGUAAAUUGGAAUAUGCUCAAGUCAAUGCUGAUGCACCGUAUGCAACUGUUCAACAGCCAUAUGCAGUCGAUGAUGAAAAUGAAUUGGAAAUCGAAGACGAGCAACUACUAAUGGCUGUACACAAGACAUCUUGGGAUCGUGAUAUCGUCGCCGCCAAAUGCAUUCUCAUCAAAGCGCUCGAUGAUAAAUAUGAGUUCAACCGAAUCAGCAGCCGAUUCAGUUCAACCGAAUCAGCAGCCUUGAGCAUCACCAAUCACCAUUCGUACUCGAAAAUUAAUCAAAAAUUAAUAUUGUAAUUUGUUACAUUAACUGAGACUGACUGUUGUGUCUCAGCAUUUCGAGGAAGUACUUCUAGGUGUUUUUUUCUGUAAGUAUUCUUCACUAUGAGAUUGUAUUCAUAUAAUGGAGUGAUUGAUAUUCAUAUUCAGAGGCAACAAUCGUUUUUCGCUUCGGGAAGUGUUGAUAUAAAUCGCUUUGUUGUAUCGAUGCUACUAAC